AUGAACACUUCUGCUUCUGAUAGCGAGCCACAGACGGCGAGGGAAACCGGAAAACGUCCUCGCAAAGCCAACAAGGCAUGUGUGCCCUGCCGCAUACGCAAGGUCAAGUGCGAUGCCGCCGGGAUUGGCCUCCCCUGCAGCAGCUGUACUAGCAGGCAGUGUACCAAGGGCUGUAUUCUACCGGUCCGUAAGGCUGCUUCUCUUCUCCGUCUUUUCGUCUCUGACCGUUGCCAGACCACAGAGACUAGAGGCAUCGCGGCUACUUCCAACAGUAGCCAGUUAGAUAGUCUCAAUCAAUCAAAGCAACCUUCCACAUCCGACGUCUUGGACUGCCAAAGCUCACGUCAAGCUGAGCCAGAUCUACUCUACCUCCACAUCCUAGCCGACGCCGUGGAAGAAACUAUAGAAUCCAGUCGACCCCAAACCACUUCCAGUACCCCUUACGGUCCAAGUCAGGGAGACAAUUUUACUCGCAGGAACUGUUUAAGGACCAAGCUGCCCCAAUUGGACGACAGUGACAAUGAAUACCUGGCCAAGAAGGGUGUUUUUGAUCUACCUCCUCCGCGCCACUUAGACGCCCUCGUUAAGACCUACUUUGACCACGUCUACCCCUUUGCUCCUGUGAUCAACAGAGCUGAUUUCAUUCGCGGCUAUCAAUCCGGCGACUGCUCGUUGUUCCUGCUCCGCGUUAUCUUGACACCAGCCUGCCUCCAUGCUCCAGCAGACGUGCUAUCCGCCUGCGGCUUUGCCAGCCGCUCGGCCGCACAAGAGUCGUUCUUCUCCAAGGCCAAGCUGCUCCACGACUUUGCCGUCGAGGGUGACCCGUUGUUGAUGCUGCAGGGAUCUCUCAUUCUGUGCAUGGUGAUUCUCGACCACCCCACCGACCGGGACUUUGGCUACUGGUUCCACAACGCGAUCUGUCUAGCCACCAAGCUUGACCUACGCAACACAUGUGUCCGAGAGAACAAACCCCGCACAGUCUUAAAGUUGUACCGGAGGAUCUGGUGGGCUCUCUACUUUUUAGACAUUUUCCACGUCUUGGCUAAUCCCAGACGCUCGCGAUUACUCGAAAACACCUCCGCGAUAAAGCCUAGGACGGAAGAUGACUGGGAGGCAGAGGAUGUCUCGGGAGCAUCAUCCGGCCUGCUAUCGGCAGUCACGAUUCAGCAAAAUGUCUUGCCUGUUGUCUACUGCGAGUUGUCUCGAAUAUUCGGACAGUUUUUGUCAAUUGUGGCAACCAAGCCACAGCAGGAUCCUCGCCAAAUGAUGCACCCACUCGAUGCGUGGCGGAAGUCUCUCGCGGCCAAGAUGCACGUGGGUGGAAAUACUGGAUCUGACGUGUACUAUCUGAAUAUACAAGCUGUGAGCUACAGGUUUGAGGUCGUCUUGUGUCGUCUGAUACGGGGCCAUUUGCAGCAGUCCGGACAUGCGAAUUGGAGCGAGUGGGCCAAACAGCGGCUUCGGUCCGCCAUUCUGGAGCUGGACACGAUUACCAUGAGGGUGUUGGCGAGUGGAAAGCUUCAGGACUUUCCUAUGUCUUUCAAUGGGAGUCGGACUAACAUUGGCCUUGUCAGCGUAACCACGAUAACUGCGCUGCUCGCUCUACACAUCGAAUCGGCCCUCGAUCCACUGGAGACAGACCUCGUCCGUUCCAUGGCUCGGAUAUCCAUCAGCCAGACAAUGCUUCUUCUCACCCAGGGGAAAGAAAUACCCGCCCUGAAAAGAGCGCUGCCGGUAUUCGAGGAGAUUCUUUCCAAGAAAAAUCUGUACUUGGUUCCGUCCAAUAUUCUCAGUCAAGUACCUACGCAGUCGCAGUCACAAGACAGCAGCAUGGCGGAUGCGGACGCUUCGCCGCACACACAGUGGGAGAAUAAUCCGUCGCUCGAUGUGGAUUGCCUAGGAUUUGAUUUCCUGGACGAGUGGCAGAUUGGACAACUGGAUUUUGCUGGUCGAUAUUGA